GUUCCAAACCCGUCGCCUUCGCGCACGCUAUAAAUGAGCACGGCGCUGCCCUUCUCCCUCUCCGUACCUUGUCCGUCCACCAAUCCAUCGAUCGAGCAGUUCCGGGUCGGUGUAGAAGCUGAAGUGAUGGCGAGCUCUCAGACGACCUGCGUCCCGGUGAUGCCUUCGGCGGCGUCUUCUGGAUCUAAGAGAACGCGCAUGCACCGCCUCAUCGAGGAGGAGGGCAUCGUGCUGAUGCCGGGGAUCUUCGACGCCCUAUCCGCCGCCGUCCUGCAGAGCUCGGGAUUCAAGGCUGGAUUUGUCUCCGGAUACGCCGUCUCCGCUUCCCGCCUCGGCAUGCCGGACAUCGGCCUCCUCACGCCGCCGGAGAUGGCUGAUGUUGCUCGAGCAAUUUGCGCUGCGGCUCCUAACGUUGCGUUCAUUGUUGAUGCUGAUACAGGAGGUGGAAACGCUCUCAAUGUUCAAAGGACUGUUAAAGACAUAAUUGGUACUGGUGCUGCUGGUUUGUUCCUUGAGGAUCAAGUUUGGCCAAAGAAGUGUGGACAUAUGCAAGGAAAACAGGUGAUACCAGCUGAGGAACAUGCAGCCAAGAUAGCAGCCGCUCGAGAAGCUAUUGGCGAUGCUGAUUUUUUCCUUAUCGCUCGUACUGAUGCUCGUGCAACUGCUGGUGGUUUAAACGAAGCAAUUGCGCGGGCAAACCUCUACAUGGAGGCAGGGGCAGAUGCUUGCUUCGUCGAGGCACCGCGGAGCGACGACGAGCUGAGGGAGGUAUGCAAGCGCACAAAUGGCUUCAGAGCAGCCAACAUGCUCGAAGGCGGGUUCACGCCGUUGCACACGCCCCAGGAGCUCAAGGAGAUGGGCUUCCAUCUCAUUGUGCAUUCCACCACCGCUGUCUACGCUUCUGCUCGCGCCUUGAUCGACAUCUUGAAAGUAAUGAAGGACGAUGGAACCAGCCGAGAUCAUCUCCACAAGCUCACCACGUUCGACGAGUUCAACAGUUUGAUCGAGUUGAAGAAAUACAACGAGACCGGUGCUCGGUUUGAAAAAUUCAAAAUCCCUUCCAACUGAAUCCAUAGACGCGACCUGUUUGUUAUACUGUAAAGUGGUCACCUCGUGUAUGUAUUGUCUUAUAAAUAAAAGACCUGUAAGUGUUCGAUCGAUUAAUCAAUUCAGGUUAGACAUUUC